AUGUGCGCACACACACUCCCACAUGUGCACACACACACUCCCACAUGUGCACACACACUCACACAUGCACACGGAUGGAGCCGCAGCCACCCCCACGCCGCCGGUUGCCGUCCCGCCCCGCCCCAGGCAGCCGCGGCCAUGGCGGCGCUGGCGGAGCGGCUGCAGGCCGAGGCGAGCUGCUCGGUGUGCCUGGAGCUGUUCUCGGAGCCGGUGCUCACCGAGUGCGGCCACAGCUUCUGUCGUGGCUGCCUGGCAACGCUGCUGGAGACCUCGAGGGCCGGCCCCGCCACCUGUCCCCAGUGCCGGGCGCCCCUGGGCCCGGGCUCGCUGGGGCGCAACCGGGCGCUGGGCGCGGUGUCCGAGCUGGCGGCGGAGCUGGAAGCUGAGGCGAGGCGUUCCCGCUGCCGGCAGCACGGCGAAGCCCUGGGGCUGUUCUGCGAGAGCUGCCGCUGCCCGCUCUGCCCGCGCUGCUGGGACGAACCUGGCCACCGCCAGCACCGAGCGCGGCCCGCGCGGGAGGCGGCCCAGAGCCUGCGAGAGAUGCUCCAGAGGGACCUGGUUCUUCUACAGAAAGAGAAAGAAGAUUUUAAGCCUGGAGAAGAAAAGCAAAGUGAUGUGUUGCUGGUCAAGGUAGCCUUGGAGCGGCAGAGGCUGAGGGACACCUUUGAGCAGCUGCAGCAGUUCCUGCAGGAGCAGAAGGGGAUUCUGCUGGCUCAGCUGGACCAGGCACACGAGGAGCUUGCCAAGCAGCGCAGCCACUACAUCUCCAGAACUUCGGAGAGGAGGUCCCUGCUGGACACAGUGAUUGCAGAGAUAGAGAAGAAGUGUGACCAGCCAGCAGCUGAAUUCCUGAUGGAUGUUGGCAGAACUCUGAGCAGCUGCGAGGCAGUGAAGAUCCCGGUCCCGGAGCCGGUUUCGCCGGAGCUGCAGAGGCACGUUGGGAACCUCUGUGAGAUGAGCCAGCUGGUCACAGCCACGGUGGCCAGCUUCAGAGUGAAGGUGCUGAGUGAGAUGGACAGAGAAAGGGUGAAGGUGACGCUGGACCCAGAGACCAUGAGCCCAGACCUGGUCCUCUCUGAGGACUGCAGAAGCGUGAGGCUGGGAGACAGACAGCAGAACCUCCCCAGCACCCCCAAGAGAUUCUUGGGCAGCCCCAGCAUCCUGGGCUCGCAGGGGUUCACAUCUGGAAGGCAUUACUGGGAGGUGGAGGUAGGAAAUGGGGACAGCUGGGCUGUGGGAGUGGCCUUGGACUCCGUGCAGAGGAAGGAGUCGCUCAGCAUGGCCAUGGGGAAGAUCUGGGCCCUCCGUCUGGACUGGGAUCGGCAGUACACAGUGCUCCACGUGCCCCCCAGCCCCCUGGUGCUGAGAGAAGAGCCCCGCAGGAUCCGGAUCCACCUCGACUAUGAAGCAGACCAAGUGACCUUCUACAACGCGGAGAACAUGGAGCAGCUCUUCCAGUACGAGGCAGCCUUCACCGAGAAGGUCUUCCUAUACUUCUGGCUCUGGUCCCAGGAAACCAUCAUCCAGCUGUGUGGGUGA